AUGUCAUAUCCUGCUCCCGCUCGCCCAUACCGAUCAAAGCGUCAUCGGCCGUGUGACCAAUGCCGAGGUCGGAAACUGGGAUGUCAAAUCGAUAACGGACUUCCAUGUCAGCGUUGCCGGGCUUCGAAGCUGGAUUGUACCUUUGAUGCUCCUCCACCGAAGCGAGUGCGUCUCUCGCAGUCCCUGUCCUUGGCCGACCCAAGCGUUGAGGAGUUGUCGGCGACGGCCCACAGUGAUGUAGGCGUCUUGGGCCGAGAUGCCUCACAAGAAGUCCCGCUGAGCACCGCCGAGCCAGUAUUUCCCUCGCUGGAGUUUGAUCAAGUCAAUGUUGCAUCACCAGCAUCCGGAAUACUACUUGCCGGUCGGCCGCCGACUCAGUUUGUACAGAGCAUUGACAAACUUGACCAAGGGUAUGCGCAAUUGUUUGGUGCUUCCUCUGAGUCGGACCCAUGGCUUCUUAGACAUUGUCGGUUCGAUGAUUCUGGUAUGAAGUACUUUUACAAGGUUCACUAUCGUAAUGCUGGAGGAGUACCAACGGCUCAACGAAUACCGGUGCAUUUUAUGAUCACUUCCCCAGAACUUUCAACUGCGAUCAAACAAGAAACAAAUGCCGGCCUUUGUGAAGAGGCACGUGAAACACGUGAAAGGCUGGACAAUCUAGUGCCACCAGAGUAUGGAAGAAGAUUAGUCGCACUAUUCGUCAAAUAUGUGUUUCCUGCAUUACCAGUGAUCUCACGCUCUCAAUUAGGGUUGAAAACGGCUUCAAGUCAGCUGCCAGAACAAGCAGCUCUGGCGAAGGUGCCGGUCCACCUUCUGGCAGCUAUUUAUGCUUCUGCGUUUCCCUUCGUUGCGCAUGAUGAUUAUUUAUGCGUCCUGAACACCUACCAUGCGUCUCCGAUCAAAAAGCUAUGGCGCAUGGUAUAUGAGCUUUUGACAGUGGAGAUACAUAGUCCUCGCCUUGCAGUCCUCCAAGCUGCGCUACUGUACAUUCAACAACAACCUAUGGAUGAAGCUCGAUAUACGACCGCCGAUACCCCGUUCGUAUGGUCCUUUGUGGGUCAGAUCGUUGGCCUAGCCUGCAGUCUCGGAGUACACAUUGAAUGUCGCAUGUGGGGCAUACCGGCAUGGGAAAAGCGAUUACGCCGUCGGCUGUGGUGGGCUGUCUAUGCCGAAGAUAAAUGGCGAAGCUUGUUGAUGGGACGUCCCCCUUAUCUCUAUCCGGCCGAAUGGGAUGUGAGUGAUCUAGACGAAGGUGAUUUUCUUAUCGGUCCGAGACAGGGCUUCUCUACGCUGGCCUGCGAUAUCGAUAUACCUUUCCGAUUUCUAGUAAAUCUUGCUCGGAUCGCAGAGGAAAUACAGGGAACAUUUUACACCCUUCGAGCAUCUCAGGUAUUGAACGCGGACUUUGAUACUUCGAUUGCUUUGGGGAGAGAGCUUUUAGAGAAACUCAACUCAUGGUACUCCUCCCUACCAGAGACAUUCCGCUUACCAAAUUGGAGCAAAUCUGUCCAUGGUCAGGCCCCUUACCCUACAUCUAUUCAUUUUGCAUACCUUCUACUGGUUGUUUACGUUUAUCGUGCCAUGCUCCGACCAAUGGCACGCUCGUCGGACCCACCCAUGAUAUUCGAUUUAGAAGAGAUGGCUGCUACGUCCCCCUUGCCGGUCGAUGACCCAUCUCUCGACUUUGCAGACCUCUCAGGACUGGAUGCUAUACCCGAUAUUUCUAUACCAGAUGUGUCCGAUACCAGCGAAAUUACCUUGCAUGCAGCAGAGAAAUGUGCAACAAUUCUGGUCAAUUUUACGCGGCGCCUCACUCCUAGUGACUUUACUGGAUUUUGGUACUCCUGGUCUCGUAUUGGCUUUGCAACAGUUUCAAACUUCCUGAUGCUCUUGCUAGUACAGGCCCCCAACAUGGCCCAUGCGAUGCGAGGAAAGUUCUUAGUCGAAUCUUGGUUACAAGUACUGCGAUGUCAAAGUCCAAGCUUUCCACUUGUAAAACUAGGACUUGCACGCCUUGAUGCAUUACAGUGGGGUGGCCUUGCUGAUACUUUCAUGCUCCCGCCCCAUGUUCAAGAUAUUGCUACAAACGCAAAUGCCAGCCCUGAUCUAACAUAA